AUGCAUUUCUUCACCCUCCUCAUCCUGGCCUACGCCGCGCUGACCGCCGCCGUGACCUGCGACGUCCGUGGCCAGGUCCACAACUACUUCGACUGCUUCAAGUGCCCCGCCCUGGCCUGCGGGUACAGCAAGCGCACCUUCAUCACCAAGGGGCUCACGCGCGACGUCAGCUGUCUGUGGACCGACGGCGAGCGGUACAAGGGCAUCAAUAACUGGUACUAUGUCCCGAGUGACAAGUGCUAUAUCUGGGGUGGACGGAUUGACACCAAGCACUGCAAAGGAAUCUCCAAAAUCCCCAAGUGCGAGCCGUGCAACCCCCAGCCUGGAGCGCCGGUGCCUCUGCCCGUGGCUCCGCCUCCGGCUGCGGCUGCGGCGGCUGCGGCGGCUGGGGUCAGUGGUGGUGGCCCGGGAGGUCGGCGCGAUUUGGAGGAGGAGAGGGAUGUAGCGGUGGAGUUCGAAGCGUAA